AAAACAAUAACAAACUUAACGGUGCCCUGGAACUACAGCUCAUAAUUGCACUUGUUUAAGCCCCACAAACGACUGUAUUAUUUGGAUUUAAAAGCAUUGAUAACAGUUCUAAAUAAUUACGUUGAAGGUUUCGCACAUCUUUAUCUAAUAGUUCAAUAAAUUGCGGUUCAGUUGGUUUGUAUCCAGCCCUUGUAAAUCGUUCUGCGGCGUUCAGCGGCUGUCAAGCUACACAAACAUCGUGUGCGGUGCAUACUCCUAGCCGAACUGCUGUACGUACAGCACAGCUCGUAAGUAUUACACAGUUGGCUCAUUGAUAAGAAAUCAAACAUCGCGCCCAAUCGCGUCACUCAGUUCGGGAUCCGGUCAUUUGCCGUACAGUAGCGCGUCGGUACAUGUGGUAUCAAGUGUUUCGACUAGCUUUGGUUAGCAAUCUGUUGUGUUCGUUUGCAAAAUGAUUUACCCUGUUCGAGUCGCAUAUUUAUGCAUCAGUGCAGUGCUGCUGCUGAUUGCAAUCCAUUCCAGUGGAGUUGUGGCAGAUGCGUCCCCCGAACAAGGAACGAUCGACCUGAACAGUAUCGACAUAAAUAAGCUGAAAGAUGACGUGUUCGCGGAAAUACUGCCGCCCGAGUUCAAGAACGUGACGCUUCCCAAGCUGGAAGACAUCCAGAAAAUCAUCAAAGACAAAUGUUCCCGUGUGGCUGGCAGCGAUGCGUCGUACGAGGAAGCAGAACAAGCAGCUCAAAAGUUUGGCGAUUGCAUGAAGGAUUUGGUAGACUUUAGUGAUCUGCAGGAAGAAAUCAAGAAAGCCAAGCCAACGGGCGAUUUGGAUACCGUUUUCAACAAAUACUGCCGCAGACGUUCUGCUGCCAUUGAGUGUAUCGAUACGUUCUCAAACAAGAUAGACGUUUGUUUGGAAAAUGACGAAAAGGAAAGCAAAGUGGUGGCGGUGAACAUUGUGCAUGGGCUUUUAAACUUUGUCUGUCACAAGGAUGGCGAUCAGAUCGCCUUGUUCAUCGCAGAGGAAGGUCCGGAAUGUUUUUCCGAUCAAAAAGACGCUCUGAUGGAUUGUGUCAAUGGUACACUGUCCGGGUACUUGAAGGACGAUUCUGCGCCGGCAACGGAAGGCAUUCCAAAGCUUGUGAUGGGCAAAAAGCAGUGCGAUGAAAUGAGCUCGCUUCAAGAGUGCAUGGUGCAAGCACUCGAAGGUUGUCAAGAGUCAACACCAGCGAAUUUGGUCGAAUCAUUGUUCAAGUUCGUCCGCCGGGAAACGCCAUGUGCCAAUAUAACAGCUGAAGCAAACCCCAGGAAACAUGCUCGAGCUGGCGGAGAGCUUACAAAAGCUUCCCAUCAAAUUAUUACCUCUACGUUGCUAAUGGCGUUGGUAGCCAAACUGUUAAUACGCUAAAAAUUGCCAAUUCGUUGCAAACAAAUGUUCCUAGUUCUAAGGUGACUGAUCAACAAAAACACAAUCAUGCUAAUAGAACAAACUACAAACCACAUCAGGGGAUUUUAGGUAGUAAAUAGAAAGUGUUUACAAUUGCUCCAUGUAUGAAUUUACAACAGUUAACAAUAAAACGUUUCCAACUGGACUUGGUAAAAAGAG